UAAAUGCAACUCCUUCUUUCUCUCUUAGUAUUUUCUUUUAUAUAAAUUCCUGUUUUUUGUCAAACUACACACCACUCUCCAGUUCAACUCUCACCCCAUAAAAACACUAAUACAAAAUAUCCCAUAAAUAUAAAAUCAAUAAAAAUUUCAAAGUUCUCCAUGGGCAUUGCUAAGAUGAUUCUUCUGAAAUUCACAUACGGUGUUUCUUUUUGGAUUCUUGGCGUGAUCUUCAUAUUGUCAAGAACGAUAAAGCGAGUUUUGUUGGGUUCAUUCAUCUUCAUUCUUGCUUCGGCUAGUGUUGUGGUAGCCUCCAUUGUAGGAGCCAUUGAAGGUCACACCACCGACAUUGGAUUUCUUAAAGGUGGUUUGCUAGGAGUCCUGGCUGGAUUUAUCACCGCCGUCCAACUCUUUGGACCGCUGCUACAUAGUGAUCAACCUUUGGCCAAGAUAAUAGCAUUUGACACAGGUUACAUGGAAAGUUCGGACUUCUACGAUUUCGAUCAAGAAAGAAAGGGAUUAUCAAAGAGCUCCAUUCAGAAUAUCCCGAUGUUUUACAACCAUUCAAAUCAUCAAACAAAAUCAAGUUGUCCUAUUUGCUUACAGGAUUGGGAAGAAGGAGAAGUAGGAAGAAAGCUAGAGAGAUGUGGUCACCGAUCGAUCUCUCGUGACCCAAUGUGUCCAAAAACUCAAUGUACCUAACUAAGGGUAAAGUCGGAAAAUACAA